AUGUGGUUGAUUCUUGACAGGAGAGUCCAGUCUAUCUAUCUAUCUAUCUAUCUAUCUAUCUAUCUAUCUAUCUAUCUAUCUUCUCAUCAUUACCUUUUCUCUUGUGUAUUUAUUUUAUGUCGUUCGACAGAAAUUAAAAACAUAUCAGUGAGAACUGAUGUUUAUUCCCACCAUUCCUUCCUUCCUUCUUUCUUUCUUUCUUUCUUUCUUUCUUUCUUUCUUUCUAUCUAUCUAUCUGUUAAUAUCAUUCUAUCUGUCUCUCAGUUUGUUCAUAUCUAUCUAUCUAUCUAUCUAUCUAUCUAUCUAUCUAUCUAUCUAUCUAUCUUAAAUUCAUCACGUCCCUACGAUGCCCCUCGAUAUCUUCUCAUUUUCCCGUUAUUCAUCAAUAAAUAUUUUCUUUUUUUUUUCAAAUGCUUUUUAAAAGUAUUUUAUCUAUCUAUCUAUCUAUCUAUCUAUCUAUCUAUCUAUCUAUCUAUCUAUCUAAAUUUGAAUGAGAAUGCAAUGCAUUUCCCCAAAUCAUCCUUCUUAUCUAUCUAUCUAUCUAUCUAUCUAUCAUGCGCUCUUUCAACACACUUCAGGUACACCUUUUUUUUUGCUGAUACCCAACGGCUUCUCUCUUUAUGUGUCAUUCGGGAGCCAUCUCUUGUUCAUUUGCAUCAGUUUAUGAUCUUCUUUUCAAUGACCAACGGCUCUCUUUGGGCCAAUAAAAAUGACAUUUACAUAUCACUCAAUCUCACUCUAUCUCUGUCAUUCCUGCACGCACACUUAGCUAUGUACAUUGCUCAAUAUCUAGGAAAUAAUCUAUCUAUCUAUCUAUCUAUCUAUCUAUCUAUCUAUCUAUCUAUCUAUCUAUCUAUCUGA